AUGUCUGUUGACAUAAAACAACAGCUUGAUGUAAUCGAUUAUUUUGGAGCUUUGGUUGUUUGGGUGAUCUUCUUCUCUGUUCUAUUCAUUGUCUCAGUUACUUGUAUCAACUGGUGCUGUAUUCAGAAACAUGACGACAUCACAGUUUUGGAAGAGGUGAGCAUACGACAACACCAUCGCCGCUCUCAGAUUGAGGAGCUCUAG